AUGGUUCUACGUGCUAUGACAAAGACCGUUGGAUUGAAGAAAGUUGUCCUCCUUCUACUCAAUUCUGCUAUCGUUUUUCUUCAGAAGGACGUGCAUACCGUCGUGGAUGUGCUGAUUAUCCAUGUGCAACACUUCCAGAUGUGGGACCAAAUACGGAAUGCAGAACUUGCAGUCAGGAUAGAUGCAACAAUGAACGAGACAGUUUCUUCCAUCAGCGAGGAGGAGGCGUUAGUUGGAAAAGUAAUUCAAAUAGAGGUUAUGGUUUAA